CUUGCUCUCGCCCAAUCCCCGCCGCCGCUGGAGAGACAACCAACGUCAGCCUCGACGUUUUCCCGCGAGAGGCGGGUACCGACAGCCUGGAACCGGACGGGGACCCUCCGGGUGAAGUAUAGUCGUGCUACUGGCCUCCAGGCUCUGUUCGGUCUGCCGGAAGAGCGCGGUUGAGGUCCGUCCCGCGAGGCAAGAUGCUGAAGUCCAAGACCUUCUUGAAAAAGACGCGGGCAGGCGGCGUGAUGAAGAUCGUGCGUGAGCACUACCUGCGGGACGACAUUGGCUGUGGCGCCCCGGGGUGCACGGCUUGCGGCCGGGCGCACGAGGAACCUGCCCUGGAGCUGCAGCCCCAGGACUUGGCGAGCAGCCUCUGCCCGCAGCCGCAUUACCUGCUGCCUGACACCAACGUGUUGCUGCACCAGAUUGAUGUUCUUGAGGAUCCUGCCAUCAGGAAUGUAAUUGUGCUACAAACAGUUCUCCAAGAAGUGAGAAAUCGGAGUGCCCCGGUGUAUAAACGAAUCCGAGAUGUGACCAGUAACCAAGAGAAGCAUUUCUAUACUUUCACCAAUGAGCAUCAUAGAGAAACCUAUAUAGAACAAGAACAGGGAGAAAAUGCUAAUGACAGGAAUGAUAGAGCCAUUCGAGUAGCAGCAAAAUGGUACAAUGAACAUUUAAAGAAAAUGUCAGCAGAUAACCAGCUGCAGGUUAUCUUCAUAACAAAUGACAGGAAAAACAAAGAGAAAGCUGUAGAAGAAGGAAUACCGGCUUUCACUUGUGAAGAAUAUGUAAAAAGCCUAACUGCCAACCCUGAACUCAUAGACCGUCUUGCUUGUUUGUCUGAAGAAGGGAAUGAAAUAGAAAGUGGAAAAAUAAUAUUUUCAGAGCAUCUUCCCUUAAGUAAGCUACAACAAGGGAUAAAAUCUGGUACAUACCUUCAAGGAACAUUUAGAGCCAGCAGGGAAAAUUAUUUAGAAGCUACAGUAUGGAUUCAUGGAGAUACUGAAGAAAAUAAAGAGAUACUUUUACAAGGACUUAAACAUCUAAACCGAGCUAUUCAUGAAGAUAUUGUGGCUGUGGAGCUACUCCCCAAGAGUCAGUGGGUAGCCCCAUCUUCUGUGGUUCUACAGGAUGAAGGUCAAAAUGAAGAUGAUGUGGAGAAAGAAGAGGAGAGAGAACGAUUGCUUAAGACUACUGUAAGUGAAAAAAUGUUAAAGCCUACAGGUAGAGUUGUGGGAAUAAUAAAAAGGAAUUGGAGACCAUAUUGUGGCAUGCUUUCCAAGUCUGAUAUUAAGGAGUCAAGAAGACAUCUCUUUACACCUGCUGAUAAGAGAAUCCCUCGAAUUCGCAUAGAAACCAGGCAAGCUUCAACAUUAGAAGGAAGGAGAAUUAUUGUUGCUAUUGAUGGUUGGCCCAGAAAUUCCAGAUAUCCAAAUGGACACUUUGUAAAAAAUUUAGGUGAUGUUGGAGAGAAAGAGACUGAAACAGAAGUUUUGUUGCUUGAGCAUGAUGUUCCUCAUCAGCCUUUUUCACAGGCGGUUCUUAGCUUUCUGCCCAAGAUGCCCUGGAGCAUUACUGAAAAGGACAUGAAAAACCGAGAAGACCUGAGGCAUCUGUGUGUUUGUAGUGUGGACCCACCGGGAUGUACUGACAUAGAUGAUGCUCUACACUGUAGAGAACUCGAAAAUGGAAAUUUGGAGGUUGGUGUUCAUAUUGCUGAUGUCAGUCAUUUUAUUAGGCCAGGUAAUGCUUUGGAUCAAGAAUCAGCCAGAAGAGGUACAACUGUGUAUCUUUGUGAAAAGAGGAUUGACAUGGUUCCAGAUUUGCUUAGCUCUAACUUAUGUUCUUUGAGAUGUGAUGUUGACAGGCUGGCAUUUUCAUGUAUUUGGGAAAUGAAACACAAUGCUGAAAUCUUAAAAACAAGGUUUAUCAAAAGUAUCAUUAAUUCAAAGGCAUCUCUUACAUAUGCUGAAGCUCAGAUGAGAAUUGAUUCAACAACCAUGAAUGACGACAUUACCACCAGUCUCCGUGCACUAAAUAAACUAGCCAAAAUUCUGAAGAAAAGAAGAAUUGAAAAAGGGGCUUUGACUCUCUCUUCUCCUGAAGUUCGAUUCCACAUGGACAGUGAAACUCAUGAUCCUGUAGAUCUUCAGACGAAGGAACUUAGAGAAACAAAUUCUAUGGUGGAAGAGUUUAUGUUACUUGCCAAUGUCUCUGUUGCAAAAAAAAUUUACGAAGAAUUUUCCGAACAUGCUUUGCUUCGAAAACAUCCUGCUCCACCUCCAUCAAAUUAUGAAAUUCUUGUUAAGGCAGCCAAGUCCAAGAAUUUGGAAAUUAAGACCGACACAGCCAAGUCUUUGGCUGACUCUUUGGACCGGGCCGAAUCGUCUACUUUUCCAUAUCUAAAUACUCUGUUAAGAAUAUUAGCCACUCGCUGUAUGAUGCAAGCUGUGUACUUCUGUUCUGGAAUGGAUAAUGAUUUUCACCACUAUGGCUUAGCAUCCCCAAUAUACACACAUUUUACUUCACCUAUCAGAAGAUAUGCAGACAUCAUUGUCCAUCGGCUGUUGGCUGUAGCUAUCGGGGCUGACUGUACUUACCCAGAGUUGACGGACAAACACAAGCUUGCAGAUAUUUGUAAAAAUCUCAAUUUCCGGCACAAGAUGGCUCAAUAUGCCCAGCGUGCAUCGGUGGCUUUUCAUACCCAGUUAUUUUUCAAAAGCAAAGGAAUAGUAAGUGAAGAAGCCUAUAUUCUGUUUGUAAGAAAGAAUGCUAUUGUGGUGUUAAUUCCAAAGUAUGGCUUAGAAGGGACAGUCUUUUUUGAAGAAAAGGACAAACCAAAGCCACGGCUUAUUUAUGAUGAUGAGAUACCCUCACUUAAAAUAGAAGAUACAGUAUUCCAUGUAUUUGAUAAAGUUAAAGUGAAAAUCAUGUUAGACUCAUCUAAUCUUCAGCAUCAGAAAAUCCGGAUGUCCCUGGUAGAACCACAGAUACCAGGAAUAAGCAUUUCAAACAUGGAUCUUAAUGAACCAGAGAAAAAGAAGAUGAAGCUUGAAAAAUAGCUAUAUUCAACAACAAUAAAAAAAACCCUUCAAAGACUGGUUUCCUUUUUAGAAGAAAAAAAACUUGAGAGAACACAUCUACGCUUAUGUGUGUGAUACAGUUUAUUACUCUUAAGUACAUUUUAAUAAUUUUAGAAGUUUGCAUUUUUAUUGAACUGUUGACUGUGUCUGUACCAUCACACUACUUGAUUUCUGGGUUGAACAGAACUAUUUUAUGUAGAAAAAUUCAACUGAAUAUCCAUCACUUAAAAGUGACAGGAUAGCAACUUCAGGGAUCGGUAAAGAUCAGUUAAAUGGAGCACUCAUCUUAUUGAGGAGCAGAUAUAUUUUGCAUAAGUAAGUACUUUGAUUAUUUAAUACUGGUGGAAAAAGUCUACCAUUUUCUUACAGAGACAAAUUAGAGCAUUUUUAGAAACAAGGAACGAUCACUGCUUUCUCUUAGAAGCUGUCAGUGUUUAGUAUACAUCUCCUUUGCUAUCUUAAAUUUACCUUACAUUAAGUGUUCUCUUACUGUGUUAAAAAGCCUCCUGUAUUUCAUUAGUGGUCCUUGAACAGCUGUGAAUGUUUGUUUGAAAUUUGGUAGGAAGACAAGAAGUAGGAUACUUUGACUAGACUGGACUUUUUUUUUUUUAAUUACCAGGUAAUAAAGGUGAUCAUUAUCUUUGA